GCCCGGAGAGGAACUCCUCGCUCCCGCCGUGCACUCCCGCUUGCCCAGCGCUCACCAUGCGGCCCCUCGUCCUGCUGUGGGGCUGCCUCGUGCUCCCAGGUUACGGAUCCCUGGUGGGCCCGAAGGAGAUCAGCGGCUUUGAAGGUGGCACCGUGUCCCUGCAGUGCACCUACGGAGAAGAGCUGAAGAAGUACAGGAAAUACUGGUGCCGGGAGGGCGGGUUCUUGAUCUCCCGCUGCUCUGGGACUGUCUACUCUGGAGAAUACGGCCAGGAAGGCAGGGUGUCCGUCCACGACAGCCCCCGGCAGCUCAGGUUUGAGGUGAUCCUGAGAAACCUCACCUUGAAGGACAUGGGGCAGUACUGGUGUGGGGUCAAAAGAGUGGGCUUCGAUAAGACUUUCUCGGUUUCUUUGCUCGUCUUUCCAGGGACCUCUUCUCACCCAGCAACCUCUCCGUAUGCAGGGACCUCUCCGUAUGCAAGGACCUCUCCGUAUGCAGCAGCCCUUCCAAAUGCAGGGACCUCUCCUCACCCGGCAACCUCUCCUCCUGCAGGGAUCUCCCGCCAAGCCACACAGCUGGACUCCACCUCAACAGAGGACACCAAUUUUGUCCCCAGCAGAAGCAGUUCCAAGCCCAGGGUGUCCAUCCCGAUGACCCGCAUGUUGGCCCCGGUCCUGGUGCUACUGGCCCUUCUGCUGGCCACAGGCCUGGCUGCCCUCGGCAGCUACAUGCUCCAGUGGAGGAAGAAAGCUCAACUGGCCAUGGAGACACCGAGGAAGGAGAAGGUCCAUCUCUCCCACUUGCCACUGGGGAACAGCUGGGUCCCAGAGUAUGCUGUGAUCGACCUUGCGGGGCCCACUGGGCCUCCUGCCAGCCCCAAGCCCUCUGCCAGCCCCAACGUGGAGAUCCAGUGCCUGAGCCAGACUUCAAAGGAAGAUGAAGCCUCGUGGCAGACCCCUGAGGGAGACAUGACCCCAGGCCCUCCCCUCCCCGUGUCUAGGGAUGAGCCAGACUUUUCUAAGUUCAUCUCAGUCUAGCCACCUAACGCCCUCCGUGAAUCUCUGGAAGGGCUGAAUUUGCGCUAACUUGGAUAAGUUUUCUGCUACGGCUUCAGAGUCCUCCUGCCAGAGUCCAGGGCUCUCCUCCACCCUCCCCAAGCUUUCCUCCUGCAUGCCCCAGCUGACCCGGAAGGCUUCAUCAGCACUGGGGCCUGGAGUGGUGGCUUCACGGUUCCAGCUGGAGACGGGGACCUCCCCAAGAUGGUCGCAUUCCUGGGCAAAGCGUGCAGCUUCUGGACCCUCAAGGGGCCAGGCAGGGCUCAGGGGGUCUGGUCUGAGUUUGUAUCUGCUACGGGAACUCCCCUGGGCCUGGGUGCCCAGCCACAGGCCGCUCCUAACUCCCCCUCCAGACCCCACCUCCUCUUCCCUUCCUUCCAUCUUCAGACUCAAGGUCAAGUUCUCCUACAUAAGCUGGUGAGGAGGAGGGAGACUGCUGGGUUAGACGGGAUUCUGAUUUCUCAAAGCUGGGCUGUGAACCUCCUGCAUCCCAGUCCUUCAGGAAGCUGGUUAAAAGGAUAAUUCCUGGGCCCCAUCAAGAACUACCAAAACGGAACUUCCCUGGUGGCGCAGUGGUUAAGAAUCUGCCUGCCAACACAGAGGACACAGGUUAGAUCCCUGGUCUGGGAAGAUCCCACAUGCCGCGGAGCAACUAAGCCCAUGCGCCACAACUACUGAGCCCAUGCGCCACAACUACUGAAGCCUGCAUGCCUAGAGCCCGUGCUCUGCAACAAGAGAAGCCACCACGAUGAGAAGCCUGCGCACCGCACCGAAGAGUAGCCUCCACUCGCUGCAACUAGAGAUAGCCCGCACGCAGCAAUGAAGCCAAAAAUAAUUUUUAAAAAAAGAACUACCAAAACCAUCUCUGAGGCUGGGCCCGGGACUCUGCAUUUCUAACAAGUGCCCUGGUGAUUCUAACUCUUGAGUUUGAGCACCAGUGGGCUGGUUGAGCGCUCAGGCCCCUCCAGUUUAGAGAGUCUACAUUUGGUGUGUGGAGUCUCCCCUCUGCCCCCUAUAGGGCCUACUCUGCCCAUGACACCAUGACCCAGCUGGGGGCUUUCCUGGACCUGCCCGAGUCCAGGCCCAGGUCAAGUGCACAUUGGAAGGUAUGAGCCCAGGACUGGCGGGGAGUGGUUGUCUUUCUGAUCUCCCUACCCAGCCAUGCAUUCCAGGCUUUGGAAGGAGGAUGGGAAGAAGCACGGCUUCUUCCUUGUCAAGAAAGGGUUGACUACCUGUGGGUUCUGAGAGCUGGGGAAGGGGUAGGAAAACACAGGGUACAGGUGGAAGUGGGUAUCUAAAAGGGAGGAGGGAGGGGACAGGGCAGGACCCUAAGGGGAACCUGACGAUGACCUGGAGUUUGGUCCCCUGGAGUGGGCGGACGGAAGGUAGAAUAACAGAACUACUGGGUUUUUGAAAAAUGAACCGGGGGCUGCUCAAUAUACAAAACCUAGAAAGAUGGGGGGAUAAAAGGAAGAAAACAUAUCACCCAUCAUCUCACCGCUAUCCAAAGACAAAAUUAUUGCAAUUUGUUCUAUUUCUUUCCAGUCUUUUUUCUCCACGUCACUUGCUGAUGUGCUUCUACAAAUUAUUUUGUACAUACAACUUUAUAUCCUGCUUUUCCCACUUAAUUAUUAUAUCAUAAGCAUGUUUUUGCAUAAUGUUUUUACAAACCUUUUAUAAAUUCAAUGUUGAUCAGCAGCAUAAUA